AUGAAAUCAAUUCGAUUUGUCCCAUACACUAUUGAAAAAAGCAAGAGAAAAGCCGGUGUAUUUAUAUUUUACAGAAACGAGAUGUUGAAAGAAUACGGACCUAUUAGAAUUCAGAUGACGGCUUUUAGUAAGAUGAUGUCAGAGAAGUGGAACGCUUUAUCAGAAAACGAAAAGGAACUAUGGCGCCAAAAGCAUGCUUUAAGUCAAUAUCCAGCAGAACAAAUCCCCAUCGAAAACGAAUAUGAAGAACCCGCUCCCAUCAUUAUAAUUCAAAAUCCAUGUCAAAUAUGUGGAUACCUUACUACUACAUUUCAAUGGAUUUGUAAUUUAUGUUUUUUAAAUUAUUUAAAUAAUUUAUCAGCGGAGUAUUAUCAAUAUUACAAUUUAUAG